AUGCUUGCUGGGGUGCUUCAAGAGUCACUUGCAACUCGUAAGAAAGCUUGCAUCAUUUCCCUUGCCGCCACCACUGUCGGCUCAAUAGCCGUUUCACUGACGCUUUAUGCUUGGUGGAAGAGGCGGUCCGAGUCCAAGCGGGACGAUGAAUUGUUCGGCGACGUUUCGGGGUCCCCACUUUUUGAUCCUGAUGUAAAAUUCCCUGCAAAGAUGUCUAUGACGGCUCCCAACGUCAGUGCCGAAGCCAUGCACACUGGUGCUCUCUCCACAGAAGAGCGCGCGCAAGCUCUGCGGUUGGCACGAGAAUUGCUGCAACAACUACACGGCCCGGCGCACGAGGAAGGCGCCAGCGUCGAGGAGGACAGCUCAGAUUCGGAAGAGACGAACGUGUCACUUAAUUAUCACAUUGCCACUGAGAUGGCGAAAGGAGCGCGUGACAGUUUGGUGGAGGCAGUGGUUCACGGAAAGGUGAUGAAGGAGCAUGCGAGGGGGAAGCAGCUCACACUCGCUGACUUUGCGCACAUCCUUGAGGGCGCGGUGGAUUACCUUGACAUCUCGAAUGAGCGCGAAAAGUUACGUCAUCGUCGCAUAGCCGCACACCUCGUGGAGCCACAGAGCGGCGGGCGCGCGCUUGCUGCUGCCGACCAAAACACUGGCCACCAGGUGCAGCAGCGUGCGACAAUUGAUGAAAUCUACGCGCGGUUCUUCUCCCGCACGACGGAACUGGACCGGCGGCUGAGUGCCCCUCGACGCCGCCGCCGCCACUACCCCACGGAAGAGGAGGAUUAUGAUGCGGAUGAUUAUGAUAACGAUGAGGGGGAGGAACGCUUCGAGAUGGGCUGGGGCGACAACGCGGACGACGACGCGGCUGAAGUGGAUCUCAUGGCGUACCUCGACCAGGACGACGCGGCCGGCUACGGCAGCCGCAUGGAGGCCCGCAUGGCGGAAAUGCUGGCAACCGAUCAGGGGUUGAUGUACGCAGACGAAGGCAUGUACGAUGGGUAUGAAGAGGGCGAAGAUGAGGAUUAUGGGGAUGAGGAAGAGGAUGACGAUCUGGAGAAUGCGGGGUUUGACCGCAUGCUGUUCAACAAGCUGCAGCAGUUGGCGGCGAGUCUGGGGAAUCAUGGCGCACCUGCUGGAGCCAAGGGGCCUUCUGGAAGUAGCCAGCUUGGAGAUCAAGCGGAAGGAGAAAUGAAGCAACAUCAUCAGCAGCAGAAACGUAGAACUGGAGGGGAUGAGAACGAGGGAAGGGAGGGAGAGGACGAAGAUGAUAGCGAUGAUGAAUGGGAAACGGAGGGCGAUGACGACGAGGACAAUACACAGAAUGAGACUUCAAGGCUACCAUCGCACAUGACAUGUACUGGGAGAAGAAGCAAGCACUGA